AUGAAAUACUCUCACCUCGAUGUCCUUUUUGGAACAAUACAGUUGGAAAUAACUCUUGCAAAUUUGCUCACAUUUUUCCAAUCUAAUCUAUAUCAUUCUGUUCACAUUAUCUAUCUAUCUAUCUAUCUAUCUAUCUAUCUGUUUUACUGUCUUUCUUUCUUUCUUUCUUUCUUUUUCCUUUUUCUUUCUUGUUUUCUUUCUCAUUUUUUAUCUUUUUAUCUAUCAAAUUCUGUUAAUAUCUAUCUAUCUAUCUCAAUUUUUAUCUUUAUCUAUCUAUCUAUCUAUCUAUCUAUCUAUCUAUCUAUCUAUCACAUUCUGUUUUUCUUUUUUAAUUUCUAUCUAUCUAUCUAUCUAUCUAUCUAUCUAUCUAUCUAUCUAUCUAUCUAUCUCAUUUUUUAUCUUUCUUUCUCUCUGUCUGUCUGUCUGUCUAUCUAUCUAUCACACAUCAGUAUGUUGAUAUCUAUCUAUCUAUCUAUCUAUCUAUCUAUCUAUCUAUCUAUCUAUCUAUCUAUCUCAAUUUUUAUCUUUCUCUGUCUGUCUGUCUAUCUAUCUAUUUAUCUAUUUAUCUAUCACAUUCUGUUUUUCUUUUUUACUUUCUUUCUAUCUAUCUUUCUAUCUAUUUCAUUUUUUAUCUUUCUUUCUCUUUGUCUGUCUGUCUGUCUGUCUAUCACACAUCAGUAUUUUGAUAUCUAUCUAUCUAUCUAUCUAUCUAUCUAUCUAUCUAUCUAUCUAUCUAUCUGUUUCUCUCAUUCUGGCAUAUCUAUCUGUGCAUGCGACCAAAUGUCCUUCCGAUAUUUAUCGCUGCUAUACAACAUCAGAAAAUUGUAG